AUGGGGAUCUUCAGCUGGGUACAGAGCAGGAUGAUGCAGGGUGGGCGAGCGGCGGCGGCGGCGGCGGCGGAGAGCAGGGGGCUCGCCGCCGGCAAUGCUUCGACCGUCGCAGCGGUGGUCGUUGCGGCGGGCAAGGAGAGGAGCCACCAGUACCAGCAGGUUGUUCCUGAGGACCUCGCCGGUGAUGACCGCCGGCUCUGGUCGUCGUCGACUCCGGCGCCGUCUCACCUCUUCUCCAUCGGCACGUUGGGCAACGACCAGCUGCCGGAGGAGGAGGAGGAGGACCUGCCGGAGUUCAGCGUCGAGGAGGUGAGGAAGCUGCAGGACGCGCUGGCGAGGCUCCUCCUGCGCGCCAGGUCCAAGAAGUCCGAGGCCGUGGCCGCCGUCGCCACCGCCGCUGGCGGCGCCGGCGCGGACAGUGGCCUGCCGCUCGACAAGUUCCUCAACUGCCCGUCCAGCCUCGAGCUGGACAGGAGAGCGCAGCGGGAUCACGGCGGCGGCCUCUCGCCGGACACCAAGAUGAUCCUCACCAAGGCCAAGGACCUUCUCGUCGACGGUAACACCACCACCACCAGCAACAUCAAGAACAAGUCAUUCAAGUUCCUGCUCAAGAAGGUGUGCGUCUGCCAUGGCGGCUGCUUCGUGCCGGCGCCGAGCUUGAAGGACCCGACGGAAUCAACAAUGGAGAAGUUUCUCCGAACGGUGCUCGGCAGGAAGUUCAGUGCCCGGCCGAGCAGCUCGCCGGCGGCGAGGGCAUACUUCUUGGAGGGUAAGAAGGCGCGUGGUGAUCGUCGCCGUCGCCGACAUCGCGGCGACAAGGAUGAUGAUGACGAUGAGGAGGAGAACAAGGGGGGAGAGAGUUGUAAAUGGGACAGGACAGAUUCUGAAUACAUUGUUCUGGAGAUAUGAAGAAAUGUAAAAUGGUAGAAACACCAGGAGCAAGCUGGUGUAAUGUAUAGAUACCAGGUAAAAAGAUUGAUACAUGGAGAAAGAAAGAGGCGCCAAGAUGACCACUCCAGCAGCU